GUGAAAAGACCAGAACCGCUUUUCUCUCUUGGAGUCUGCAAGGAAGGCAUCUCCCGGUCCGGUCCGCUCCGCUCCGAAGUGACCCACUGGGUUCCCGGUUUGUAUUGCAUUAUACUGAAGCAGCCGCCGUUUCGUGGCCGGAGGAAGAGAAGUGGCAGCCGUCUCCCACGGGGCGGGCGAAGAUGAAGCUGAACGAGCGGAGCUUGGCCUUCUACGCCACCUGCGACUCCCCCGUGGACAAGGCCGGCUUCCUCCACAAGAAGGGCGAGCGCCACACGGCCUACCACCGGCGCUGGUUCGUGCUGAAGGGGAACCUGCUCUUCUACUUCGAGGACCGGGAGAGCCGGGAGCCGGUGGGGGUCGUCAUCCUGGAGGACUCGACGGUGGAGCUGUGCGACUCCAGCGAGGAGUUCGCCUUCGCCAUCCGCUUCGGCUGCGCCAAGUCCCGCACCUACGUCCUGGCGGCUGAGAGCCAGGCAGCCAUGGAGGCGUGGGUGAAGGCUCUCUCGCGGGCCAGCUUCGGCUACCUGCGGCUGGUGGUGAGGGAGCUAGAGAAGCAGUUGGAAGAGAUGCAGCGCCACCUCGCCGGCGCCCACCGGGUCCAGAGGAGAUCCCCCGUUUACCGGAAGAACAAGUCCGCUCCCAAUCUGGAGCCGGCCGCCUUGGGGCCGGCCUUCCCUCACGAGACGCCCACGCUCCCAAUCUGCGUCCCGCCGAAAGAAAACGGCUGCGCCUUGUGGUACAACGGUGAAGGGCCUCGCAGCCUGCCGAGUGGAUACCCCCCGGUCGAUCGAGGGGCGUCUGGGGGCGACGGCCACGAGGGGGGUCUCAAGCCACCGCCUUUGCCGCCACGGAAACGGGCCUCCUCGGGGAAUUCCUGUGGCGCCAGGGGUUCUGGGACGGACUGCCUCGUGUACCCGGACAGCGCUGGCUUUUCCCAGCUCCACAGCUGGUACGGCAGGGAGAUUCUUGAGCUGCGAAGGGCGUGGCUGGAGGGGCAGAGGGGCGGCGGUCCGUGAGCCGGGUUUUGGGCCAAGGAGGCCCCCUCGGAACGGCUGAGCUGGACCCGAGUCCGAUGACAGGCGGUCAUCGGGUGCCGUGACUGAUCUCCGGCUACUGGAAACUUUGCUUCUCCUCAGUCACGUGCUGACUGUGCCCGGCGCUGACGGAAAGCACCCGCUGCAAACUGGCACGGCCUCCCCUUGGCCAAGGGCUGGUGGCUCCCAGAACCCAACCAUGUAUGAAGGGGGACACUUUUAGAAAGCCCGGGCGUGUAACAGGCGGCCUCCUGCUUGCUAAAACGCAGCAGGAGAUGUGUUUGAGAGCAGAACCCACCCGGGGCAAGUCAGAACCAAGCAAACCUUAGCCGGAAGCAUCAAUUUCGUGAACUGAAUCUUCCCUUGUUGGCAGGGGACUCUGUGACUGAGGUACUGGGAGGUCCACGGGGCGGCGGGUGUGUGCCUGUCCCUUUAUGCUGUAGGGGACAGGCGUGGGUACAUGUGGAAAAGCGGCAGCA